CCACCCCUCACUACUAAACAUACCCAGGAUUCCCUCCUAGUGUGUAUCUGUAGUUUGAAGAGUCUCCGGAAUCGUGUGUUUGCUUCUUCAGCGGGCAUUUCUCCAACCAUGGCGAUGCAGGUCGACCUUUCCAACGCGCAGGUGAUGAAGGAUGAAGCGGGCAGGCCGUUUAUCAUUGUCAGAGAUCAAGGCAAGAAGUCGAGGCAACACGGCAACGAUGCGGUCAAGUCCCACAUUCUGGCGGCCAAGACCGUCGCGAACCUUGUCAAGAGCUCUCUGGGACCGCGAGGACUGGACAAGAUCUUGAUUUCGCCCGAUGGAGAUAUUACGGUCACAAACGACGGCGCUACCAUUCUAUCCCAGAUGGAAAUUUCCAACCACGUCGCGAAGCUGCUAGUCGAACUAUCCAAAUCACAAGACGACGAGAUUGGCGACGGAACCACUGGUGUCGUAGUUUUGGCGGGCGCACUCCUCGAACAGGCAGCGGACCUCAUCGACAAGGGUAUCCACCCCAUCAGGAUAGCAGACGGUUACGACCAGGCUUGCGAGGUUGCUGUGGCCAAGCUGGACGAGGUCAGCGACGAGAUCAACUUCUCCAAGGACAACACGGAAGAGCUGUUCAGGGUUGCAAAGACAAGUUUGGGCAGUAAGAUCGUCUCCAAGGCGCACGACCAGUUUGCCAACAUCGCCGUAGAUGCUGUGCUUUCGGUCGCCGAUCUGGAGCGGAAAGAUGUCGAUUUCGAACUCAUCAAGGUUGAUGGCAAGGUCGGUGGAUCGCUCGAGGACACAUUACUUGUAAAGGGUGUCAUAAUAGACAAGGACUUUUCGCAUCCGCAGAUGCCGUCAGAGGUCAAGGACGCCAAACUCGCCAUCCUCACAUGCGCAUUCGAGCCACCGAAGCCCAAGACCAAGCACAAGUUGGACAUUACCAGCGUGGAGGAGUUCAAGAAGCUACAAAACUACGAGUCAAACAAGUUCACUGAGAUGAUUGAGCAGAUCAAGGAGACUGGCGCCAAUGUAGUAAUAUGCCAAUGGGGUUUUGACGACGAGGCCAACCACCUUCUUCUCACAAACAAGCUGCCCGCUGUACGGUGGGUAGGAGGCCCAGAGAUUGAGCUGAUCGCCAUUGCGACCAACGGACGCAUCGUACCGCGUUUCGAAGACCUCAGCGCGGAGAAACUGGGAAGCGCAGGCAUCGUUCGGGAACUGACGUUCGGAACUACACGAGACAAGAUGCUGGUCAUCGAGGAGUGUGCGAAUACACGAGCUGUCACAGUCUUUGUUCGAGGCAGCAACAAGAUGAUCAUCGACGAGGCCAAGCGAUCGCUACACGAUGCCCUCUGUGUCGUCCGAAACUUGGUAAGAGACAACCGUAUCGUAUACGGCGGAGGUGCCGCGGAAGUAGCUUGCUCGCUCGCAGUCGAAGAUGCGGCAGUCAAGAGCCCCGGUAUUGAGCAAUACGCGAUGCGCGCCUUUGCUGAUGCCCUUGACGCAGUACCCAUGGCCCUGGCUGAGAACUCCGGUCUCAGCCCCAUCGAAACCCUCGCUAACAUCAAGUCCCGACAAGCCAAGGAGAAGAACUUCAGGUUGGGCGUCGACUGCAUGCAGACGGGAAGUAACGACAUGAAGGAACACUUUGUGAUCGAUCCCUUGAUCUCGAAGAGGCAACAACUGUUGCUCGCUACACAGCUGUGCCGUAUGGUCCUCAAGAUCAACAAUGUGAUCAUCGCUGGAAACGACGACCAGGAUUUCUAGACGCCAUCACGCCGUACCUGUCAUACCGAUUGGUAUGUGCCUGAGCGAUGGGCGCAAGUAGCAAACGAAGCGCAAGGGCAUGUUGGAUGGCAACGUAAAGAAACCAUGUCUAAGGCGUUAAUACCCAUAGACUAUCCAAAGUAAAAUCAAUACAAGCAUCCCGAUGCCAUGAUGUGCCUUGAAUAGCAUAGAGUCCU